AUGCAGCUCACCAAAGCCCUUGCCAUCGCCAUCUUGGCCGCCGGUGCCUCCGCCGCCCGCAACAAGCCUCACCGCCCACACGGUGGUCAGCUCGAGAUCCAAAAUGUCAAGUGUGGAUCCGGCGCUCCUUACUGCUGCUCUCCCGACAAGACCAAGGGAAGCACCUGCUCCAAGUUGACCGGAAGCUCUGUCAACUGUGACAGCGUUGUUGUCUGCUGCAACAACGACGGAGAUGACCGCUCCGGCCAGUCUUGCUCUGCUGGUGUUUCCAACCCAAUCACCUUCGUUGACAUCGAUGACUUCAGCAUCGACCACAACAAGAUUGCCCACAGCAGAAUCCACCCCAAGCAGCGCCGUGGUGACAAGAAGGACUAUGACUAUGGCAAGAAGGACUAUGGCUAUGGCAAGAAGGACUAUGGCUAUGGCAAGAAGGACUACGGUCACAAGGACUAUGACCACAAGGACUAUGACCACAAAGACUAUGACCACAAAGACUAUGACCACAAGGACUAUGACCACAAGGACUAUGACCACAAGGACUAUGACCACAAGGACUAUGGUAAGAAGGACUAUGGCAAGAAGGACUAUGGCUAUGGCAAGAAGGACUACGGUCACAAGGACUAUGACCACAAGGAGAACAAGCACAAGGAGAACGAGCACAAGGAAUUCGGCAACAAGGAGAACGAGCACAAGGCCUUUGGCAACAAGGAGAACGAGCACAAGGCCUUUGGCAACAAGGAGAACGAGCACAAGGCCUUUGACAACAAGGUACACGGCGAGAAGGAAUUCGGACGCAAGGCAUUCGGAUUCGGCGACUUCUUCUAA